CAACCGUACCGACGCAACUGAAUUUGUAUAAGAAAUUACGAACAAACCUCCUUCCCCUUUCUUCCCCAUCCAAUUCCAAUCCCUAAAAUUCCGAAACUUUACCUUUACGACAGUCGCUGAGUGAGAGAUGGCGCUGCAAGAUGAGCAAGAGCACGAAGUGUACGGUGGAGACAUCCCAGAGGAGGACGAAGGCGAGAUGGAGACUGACGAGUAUCAAGAACACGCCGGAGAAGAAGGCGCCGCCGCUGCCGAAGACGAGGAGGAGCUUGAGCCAGGCUCUGCCUCUAGGGAUUUAGAGGACAUGAAGAAACGACUUAAGGAGAUCGAGGAAGAAGCUAGUGCUUUGCGUGAGAUGCAAGCCAAAGCUGAGAACGAUAUGGCUGCUGCUCAAGAUCCAUCAAGUGCUAUUAGUGCGGCUGAGAAGGAGGAAGUGGAUUUGCGUUCAAUAUAUGUUGGCAAUGUGGACUACGCAUGUACUCCAGAGGAAGUCCAGCAGCAUUUUCAAUCCUUUGGGACAGUCAAUAGGGUUACGAUUCUGACAGAUAAGUUUGGCCAACCCAAAGGUUUUGCCUACGUGGAGUUCGUGGAAGAAGAAGCCGUUCAGAAUUCUCUUGUUUUGAACGAGUCAGAACUGCAUGGUCGUCAGAUAAAGGUAUCUGCAAAGAGGACUAACGUCCCCGGAAUGAGACAGUUCCGAGGAAGGCGCCCCUUUAGACCCAUGAGGGGCUUCAUGCCCGGACCUCCAUUUUAUCCUCCGUAUGCUUAUGGGAGAGUUCCCAGGUUCAGACGGCCAAUGCGCUAUAGACCAUACUGAUUGAAGCAAAUUGGUGUUAAAAAGGGUAGCAGCUGCCUUUUGUUUGAGGAAGGCUAUUAUCACCAAUCCGUGCGCAAAGUUGCUUCGCUUAAACAGAGAGUGAGGCAAAAGGAGGGAAGAACUAUGUUUUAGAUUUUCUGUAACAAUAUUUGAUGAGAGAAGAGCAAAUAUGUUGGGUUCUUUUCUUUUUUUUUUGUCAUAAAACUCAAUCUUUUUAUUGAGAAUAACCUUCACAUUACUGAAAACUUACAAAAGUUGUGAUUUUUAUCACUUACAAAAUGUAAGAAUUGUUUUUUUUA